AUGGAAGAGGAAAGCCAAAAGCCACAUCGAGUAUCACGUAGAGACCAGAGUGGGUCCCACUGGAGUAACGGAGCCGUUGAUGAAUCGGCGCCGGGAGGCAAAUGCUCCGGGAAAAGGUGCCGGUCUUGGGCGGCUGCGGCGAUCGCCGACUGUGUUGCGCUCUGCUGCUGCCCAUGCGCCGUCUUUAACCUCCUCACGCUUGCCUUCGUCAAGGUCCCAUGGAUGAUUGGCCGGAAAUGUCUCGGUCGCGGUGGCCGGAGUAAGAAGCCGAGGAAAAAAAUCAAGCGGGAAGAACGGUAUCAUCACCAAUGGAGGUCGGAGACGGCGAAAGGCGGGAGUGGUGGAUGUUGCGGAGGAGGAGAUGGGGAGGUGGAUGACCAUAGGUUUGUGGUGGAGAGAGAUGGGAGCUUGACCAAGGAGGAGGAGAAAACGGCGUCGUUUAGGGGAGAGGAUGAGACGAGGAUAAGUGCGAGAGUAGAAGCAGAGAGAGUUUGGUUGGAGUUGUAUCAGAUUGGACAUCUUGGCUUUGGCAGAGUCUCUUUCACUGGGAUUCAUCAUCAUCAGUCAUAG